AGCGGCGCGUCCGGCGGGCGGGCCCGCGGUGCGGCUGCGGCGGGCGCGGGUCCCGCGUCGCCUCAAAACCCGCACAACAAGUGGAUGUCGCGGGCGGGAGCGGGCUGAGCCGCUGCCCCUGGACGUGUUUCGGGGAGGUGGGGGUGGAGAGACGGCACGGAGCGACCCCGCGUCCCCCCGCCGCGGGGACCCGGCUCGGUGCGCGGAUUAUCCGGCGCUGAUUCACAAAUCUGCUGCGAGAGCCGGGCGCGGGGAGGCUGGUGAUCGCGCCUGCCCGUCCAUCCCGCCUCGCACACACACACGCACACACACACACACACGCACACACACACACGCCGCCUUCCCUCUGGGAACGAGACCCUCGCUUGUUGCCUUUCCGCCGAUGCCUGGGCGAGCGGCGGGGCUGUGGCUCUGCGCGCUGCCCCUGCCCCGCUCGCUCCCGCCGCCCGCGCUGCGCCCGGGAAGGAGGGACGGGAAUCACUCGCCAACCUGUGGUGCGCACUGACCACAGACACCUGCGAAUGUGGAUCAGCCGGCACAGCCCCCUCGGGACCGCUGCCACCGCGCCCGUGCACCGCCAGGAACAGCGUUGCUAUUUCUCUGCCUAGGACCAGUUAAGUGCUUCUUCUGCAUGACCAUAACCAAAGGGUGACCCAUCCACUCCCUUAUGUCCUAUGGGGACCUCAGAGCCAGUUUCUCAGUCUUCAUCUCCUCCUCCUCCUCCUCCACCUCCUCCUCCUCCUCUUACCACUGCUGCUGAUGCCCUGGGUGCUGCUCCCAGGUUUGAGACAUUGUUGACAGGCUGAAGAAAGGAUUUGCAAAGACCUCCUCACUGUGUAAAUGAAGUGAUGGCUGGAAUUAACUUCAACUUCCCAAGUAAUGAUAUUGAACAGUAAGUUUGCUAGGCCAAAGCGUUACCGAGAACAAAUAAUGAGGAAAGAGACUAUUUGCAUUUGGUUGCAAUGAUGAACUAAAACCAUCUGUGGAGAACAGGUACCAUUUGAUUCGCACUUUUUUUUUUCCCCUGACAAAUGCAGCCUUUAUAGCCUGCGAGGUAGACAUGAUUAUGAUCAGAUCUGUGAUAGCUGCAGGAGAUAAAUGAAAAUAAAGGGGCUUGGUGAAUGAAAUAACAAGGUCUCAGCUGUUCCCUGGUUCAAUUUGAGGAUCCCGUCUUUUCUUAUUAGCAAAACAGGAGUUUGUGUCAAACAUUCCAGAGAACGAGAAAAUGCAGACCUGUGCUUUUCCAAAACACAGAUUCAGUGUUACAACCAUGCUGCCAUGCUCCACGUCCCGGGGACUGUCCUCCAAAUGCAAAUGGCUUUGAACUUUCUAGUGAAAGUUAAGGUUACGCUGUAAAUAGAACAAAGCCUUGUCGCAGUAAGUGAUUAAAAAAAAAAUAAAAAUAAAACAGUUGCAAAAUGGAGGUGGCGAUGGUGAGUGCAGAUAGCUCGGGGUGCAACACCCACAUGCCCUAUGGAUACGCGGCCCAAGCCCGGGCGCGAGAGAGGGAGCGGCUGGCACAGUCCCGGGCCGCCGCGGCCGCGGCCGUAGCAGCAGCGACGGCAGCAGUGGAAGGUGGGGCGGCCGGCGGGGGAGGACCUUACCACCACUACCACCAGGAGCAGAGCCGAGGGGCGUCCUCCUCUCACGGCGGGAGCGCGUCACGCAGCGGCCUGCCCCACCGCCAGGGCGGUAAGAGGAGGAAGAAAGGGAAAAAGAGGAGCCACCACUUGGGGAGUAGGGAGUGCGGGGCCUCCUUCCCCUGCUCUGAGCUGCUGCCGCUCAGUGGUUCUGAGGAGAGGAUACUGAAGGACUUGAGUGAGGAGGAAGAGGAGGAUGAAGACGAGGACGAAGACGAUGAGGAAGAAGGAAAACUCUACUACAGUGAUGACUAUGGGGAGGAUGAGUUUUCCUACUCGGACCAGCCACCCGAUGAUGGUGGAGGCCCUGGGGGUUACAGCUCUGUCCGCUACAGUGAGUACGAGUGUUGCGAGCGUGUGGUGAUCAACGUGUCAGGACUGCGCUUUGAGACCCAGCUGAAGACGUUAGCUCAGUUCCCGGAGACGUUGCUGGGCGAUCCGGCGAAGCGAGGGAGAUACUUUGAUCCUCUCAGGAAUGAGUACUUCUUUGAUAGGAACCGACCCAGCUUUGAUGCCAUCCUGUACUACUACCAGAGCGGUGGUCGGCUGAAGAGGCCAGUCAAUGUACCCUUUGACAUCUUCUCCGAGGAGGUGAAGUUCUACCAACUUGGGGAGGAGGCCAUGCUCAAGUUCAGGGAGGAUGAAGGGUUUGUCAAAGAGGAAGAGGACAAAGUUUUGCCAGAGAAUGAGUUUAAGAGGCAGGUCUGGCUGCUGUUUGAGUACCCGGAGAGCUCCACUCCAGCCAGAGGCAUUGCCAUUGUCUCUGUCUUAGUCAUCUUGAUCUCCAUCGUCAUCUUUUGUCUGGAGACUUUACCAGAGUUCAGAGAUGACAAGGAAUUCGUCAUGUCCCUGAGCUUAGGGAAGGGGCUUUCCAAUGAGUCACUUCACCUGAACGCUGGGGAGCACACCAUCUUCAAUGACCCUUUUUUCAUUGUAGAGACAGUGUGCAUCAUUUGGUUCUCCUUUGAGUUUACGGUGCGCUGCUUUGCGUGUCCGAGCAAAGCACACUUCUUCAAGAACGUCAUGAACAUCAUAGACAUUGUCUCCAUCUUGCCUUACUUCAUUACUCUGGGCACUGACCUGGCGCAGGAGCAGGGCAGUCAACAGGCCAUGUCCUUUGCCAUCCUGAGGAUCAUCCGUCUGGUCAGGGUGUUUCGCAUCUUCAAGCUCUCCAGGCACUCCAAGGGUUUGCAGAUCCUGGGUCACACGCUCAGGGCCAGCAUGAGGGAACUUGGCCUCCUCAUCUUUUUUCUUUUUAUCGGAGUCAUUUUGUUUUCCAGUGCUGUUUACUUCGCAGAAGCUGAUGAGCCUGCCACCCAUUUUCAAAGCAUCCCAGAUGCCUUUUGGUGGGCCGUAGUGACCAUGACUACGGUUGGUUAUGGGGACAUGAAACCCAUAACUGUGGGUGGGAAAAUAGUCGGGUCCCUGUGUGCCAUUGCGGGAGUGUUAACCAUUGCUUUACCAGUGCCAGUGAUUGUCUCCAAUUUUAACUAUUUCUACCAUAGAGAAACUGAGAAUGAGGAACAAACACAGAUGAUGCAAAAUGCAGUCAGUUGCCCUUACCUCCCAACAAAUUUACUGAAGAAAUUUAGAAGCGCGUCUUCUUCAUCCACAGAGGAUAAAUCAGAGUAUUUGGAGAUGGAAGAAGGAGUUAAAGAAUCUCUCUGUGUAAAGGAGAACAAAAGUCAGGACACGGGGAAUAGCAGUGAGUCAGAGAAGAAAAACUGUGUAAAUUCAAAUUCCGUGGAAACUGAUGUGUAAUUUUGAACGUUUCCAGAUAUAUUUAUGCAUUAAAGAGCGCAGUGAAAAUAAUGAAAUAUGCAAACAAGAGUCUGCAGCAUACAGUAGUAUGCCGUUUAAUGGUUAAAUACAAAUAAAAAGCAUUGCUAAACAUGUAUUACAUAUCAAGGAAGUGGUAUGACUUGAGGUGAGGGUUGCUAGAUCUGAUACAUUUUCAGACUUUAUAUUUUUAUUAGAAUGCAAGUGUUUUGCACAUGAGGCUGAAAAAUUUAUUAAAACCAAGUCAGUUUUAAAGUGGGUGCAUGAACUGUCGACAUCACUAAUAACAGCUCUGUGGUAAAAGUUGGCAUUCAGAGGUAUUUACUAUGUAAGAAACAAUGAAGUUUGGUAGUCAUUUAUCUAUUUAUCAGUGCUUUAAUAGCAGCUACCAUAAAUCAUUGGAUACCAUAGUCAUUGUUUUUCAAAUGGUAAAUUUAUUGUAAAAAGAUAUUCUACAGAAGAUAGAUCUAAAUUUUUUUUUCCUGAAAUCUAUAAUGCUUGUUUUUAACUGGAAAUUUACUUUGAAAAGGCUGUUGACCCUCCAGAAAUUGUUUAUUUUUAUAACUCUCUUUGGAGGCAUUGCAGCAUUUGUUGUCUAAUAAUGAAAGAAAUGAAGUAAGAGAAUCAUUUAACCUGGUCUGACUGCAAAGGCAAAAUGACUGGAAUGCUUUUUUGCACUACUUUAUAUGCUGGAGAUAUAUUGAAAGAGACUUCAUACUGUGAAUGUUUACUAAUGUAAUAGUUCAAUGACAAUCAUUGGAAGAGUGAAUUCUGCAUCAUAUUUUAUUGUUUCUUUUUUCUUUGUGAUGCUGAUGGCAAAAUAGCUAACAUUACAUGAAUUCCAUACUCCUUUUGAUUAUGAAUAUCUGUGAUCUGGAGAAGGAUUGUGAAGUAAAAUUUUAUAAUCAAAAAUAUUUGAAAUCGGUGUUUUCUACUGAUGCCCUCAAGAAGUACCAACCUAAUUUAUAUCUUUUUCCUGCUUAAUUUAACACUGAGUCUAUGAUUAGUACAUGCACUUUGUCAGUACUGAAGAAAUUCAGUGUAUGGGAGGAGAAGGUAGAAGUAAUAAGAUAUUCAGUUGUUACAGUACUGACAAUUGAGAAUUGCUGACUUUUAAUGUGCUAUUAUUGGUGCUGCUUGAUUACAGCUUUCACCCAUGUAUAUUUGAAGCAACAUUUAAGAUCCAAAAUAGGCAUUUCUGGGCUUCAAAAUGAACACGUUGGGUCCCAUGGAGUCCUUGUGAGAACAUUCCAUGGUUUCUUUUCACUGAUUCUUAGGCCAGCUGUGUUUUCUAUGUGUCAGAAACUUCCAUUGCCCUUCCUAGGAGAUUAAGGUAGGUAAAGACUAUCCAGCCUACAGUAUAUUUCAGGCUCCAGAAUGAAAUAGGUAAGAUACUGCUGCAUACAACAUAAAUAAUAGAUUCAGAGCAAGUAUUUUUUUUUCAGACUUAUCACUACCUAGGGAAGGCACAAUUAAACUGGAACUGUUUUUGAAGAGGCACUGUGGAACAUUCCAGAUUAUAAAACUUGAACCAAAUUGGCAUAUGCACUUUAAGGUCUGGGACAGGCCAUUAAGAGAGAAAAAAGGACUUACCAACGCUACUGAACUACAGUAGUUUUGCCAUAUUCAGUUAAAGUCGAGCGGGGAGGACUUUUGCAGGGGGGGAGAACUCAUUAGUGACUGACUUAUAGUUCUGGAGCUGAAAAGCAACAACCAAACCAGUCUGAAUUGGGCAUCCACGACAUUCUCCAUAAUCAGAUAAAUGUUGUUUGCUGUUGUGUGGCAUCCAGUGGCACCAAGCAGAGCUGCAGUUGUGGGCUUCUAUAUAAGGGGGUUGGGUUUUGCCUUCAUGGGUUUUCUGUGGAUCUCUUCUUCAAAAAGUUUCUCUGCUUGUCCUCUUUUGCAUUGCAGAAGAAAUAAUAAAAAUCAAGACACACACAAAAGACUGCGUUGUGGUGAGCCCUGGUUAAAAAAAUAUGUGUUUAAAUGUCUGAUUCCCAAUUUAAAAACACAGAGCAAGGCUUCGCUGUGUUUUUGAUGUGAGGCAUUAAAGCUCCUUUUUAUUGAGGUGAUAUUAACUCCAACUGUGUUUGGAAUGAGAAGACUCAGUAAUUUGCCAAAAUUUAAUAUUGCAUUUCAUUGUAGCUCACCUGCGUUGAAUGUGCUAAAUACCUUUUUAACAGGGGCAAUAUCAGCAGUGAGAAUGAUCUGUAAAAUUCUGUAAAAAUCCAUAACUGAAAGCAUUUCUUUCACAGCUGGUAGUUAAUGGCGUGAAGGGCAUGAAGGUUCUCUUCCUAAAGGAACUUGCUGGUACUUCUGAUAUCAGAGACCGUGUAAUACCUGGGACCAUGGCAAGGAUGCAGGAGUGAAAGGAAUACUAACUAGGUAAAUAAAGAAAUUAGAGAAAAUAAGCAGUGCAUGUUUUCAGUAUCGGCUGGUUGAAAGGGGAGGUGGUUCACAAGAGGUGGAAUUUUAGAUUUCUAAUGGAAAUAAGGAAGGAAAUUCUUUGAAUCACUUUUAUAAUAUAUUCACACUGUAGACACAGAACUCAGCAUGAGGUGAGUGCUCCAGCAAGUCGUUCAGCUAUUCUGCUACCAGAACACAACCUUUUAAUUGGAAACAAGCGUGGUGAUGUCUGUGCUAUGCUGUGAUCAUACAGUACCUUACUCUUGGAAGGAAAAGGUCUUACUGUAGGGCCUUGUAGCAGCUGGCAGAGCAACAUUCUUGGUGCAUCAGCACCACGUACUGCAGUACUGGGAAGGUAAAUCCUAAGGUGACAGUGGAGCCUACUCUGCCUCCUGCAGUGCAUAAACAUCUGUACUUUGCCAUUAUAAAUUAGAGCUACCCUAGCUCAGUCUUAGGUUGUUCCAUCAGUUUGGUGGACCAUUCCGAAUCACAGAAAGAGUUAUGCAUUCCAGAAUGGAAGCAAACAUCUCUUCUGGGGCUUAUAAUUUGAUUGUUCAACUGUCUAUUGGUCCAGUCCCUUACAACAGAGUUUUAAAAUGCCAAAGUCCUACCACUAAAUGCUAAAACCCAAAGAUCCCAAGUGCUUAACAAGAAACAGAAAUUUCUAUCAAGUAUUACUUUGGUUGAAAUUGUUUGCCAGAGAAACCCUCUAAUUGAGCUGUUAUGGCUCCAAAUUACUGUUACUGCUUCUGUCAGACCUUGCCCAGUGUUGCUGGAUACUGACAAUGCUCAGAAAAAUAGUUUUAUUAUGACUUGGACAUUUUACAUUUUAAAUUAUAGUGGUGAAAUGGGUUCCUGAUGUAGCUGAUGUGAAUGGAGUUACACCGGGGAUCAUUUUAGUUCUACUAAUGUAGUUCAAAUGAUUUCACAUUGACAUACAUUUCAGCUAAAAAUAAUGCAAAAUGAGAUAUUUCAGGUUCGCUUGCAGUGGUGAAAAAAAUUUGGAGGAGUUCCAUUAGAAUUCAUGGAAUCACAGCAGCACCAAAUCAGUUUUCAAAUAUAGUCUGAUACUUAACUGUGUGCUGCCAUUUAUUUAAGGAAAUUCCUAAGUAUUUUUAUAGUAAUCUUAAGUGCCAAGGCCAGACUCAUAAGGAGAGAGUUUUGCCAGCUGAAGCGUUGGAUUUAAUGCCUGACUUCAGAGAUCCAUAAAUUUUUUCUCUAUUACUUUUCUGAUGUUACAUCGAUUCCUUGAAAAUAUCGGCCCGGAUGCUGAACCAAAAAGAAGCGGUUUGUACCAAAAGAAGUGUUGUGUAACCCAGUCAGUGAGUACUUGGUGAAGGCUUUCAGUGUUCAGUUAAGCUUUCUAGAAUGAUUCCACAAGAGGCCAAUUCCAUUUGAUGGAAAGUCUAAUUUGUUUGUUUGUAUUUGGAGGAAAAUACCUAUGUUUUCUUGUCUAGAAUCCAUUUCUGUGAUGUUCAUGUAAUGCAGAAUAAAUUUGGGAGUUCAAGGGGGUGAAAAGCCCCCCUGCUAUCAUGA